AUAAAGAUUAUUAUACAAAAUUUUGCGGACAUUUUUACGAACUUCGAAAAAAGACAAAGUACUAAAUGAGAAAUAUCUACGACAAAAAGAAUAAAAGAAUAACCUGUUGACAAAAAAUUAAAAAUAAAUAAAUGACCAACCCCUCUUUUUAUCUCUUAUACAAACCUCACCCUCUCUAAAGCAGAACCUCAUAGUUUUGCUUUGCUCCAAUAUCUUAUAAAUUUGGUGAACAGAACAAUCAUUACUUGCAGUGGUUCACCCUCUCUCUCUCUAUCUCUCUGUCUCUCUAUCAUAAGAACUCAUAAGCAUUACUCAGAGAAAAGAGAAAACCUAAGAACUCAAACCAUGACUUCCAUCAGAAGCAACCUCCUCUUCCAUCUUCUUCUUCUUCUCCCUUCAUUACUCCAAGCUCUUAACACAGAUGGUGUUGCUUUACUCUCUUUCAAAUAUUCCAUCCUCAAUGACCCUCUCUCAGUUCUACGCAACUGGAACUACGACGAUGAAACACCAUGCUCUUGGACCGGUGUUGCCUGUACAGAGCUUGGGAGUCCCAAAACCCCAGGUUUGCUUAGAGUGACAAGCUUGGUUCUUCCCAAUAAACAGCUCCUGGGUUCUGUCUCUCCCGACUUGUUUUCGAUACUACAUCUAAGGAUAUUGGACCUCUCCAACAAUUUCUUCCAUGGGUCACUGCCGGAUUCAGUGUCUAACGCUACUGAGCUUCGUGUUCUGUCUCUUGGGAACAACAAGGUUUCUGGUGAAGUGCCUAGUCUUAUCAGCAACGUGGCUAGUCUACAGCUCUUGAAUCUCUCUGCUAACGCCUUCACCGGCAAAAUCCCUCCCAAUCUCCCACUUCUCAAGAAUCUUACAGUCAUUUCCUUGGCAAAGAACUCCUUUUCAGGCAAUAUUCCAAGUGGGUUUGAAGCAGUACAGGUUCUAGACAUCUCCUCAAAUCUUCUAGACGGAUCUCUUCCUCCUGAUUUCGAGGGACCAAGUCUACAUUACCUCAACCUAUCACACAAUCAAAUCUCCGGCGUGAUUUCUCCAGCUUUCAGCGAGAAAUUUCCAGCAAGCACCAUCCUCGAUCUCUCCUUCAACAAUCUAACAGGACCAAUCCCUGGUACACCACCAUUGCUUAACCAAAAGACUGAGUCCUUUUCUGGUAAUAUAGGCUUGUGUGGGCAACCAUUGAGAACUCCUUGUUCAAUCCCUUCUACUCUAUCAGACCCACAAAAUAUCUCUGAAACUACUUCACCAGCAAUAGCAGUCAUGCCCAGAAAUCCAAUACCAACAACUCCAUCAGUAGAAUCACCAAAUGAAACAGCCAAAAGCAAACUAAAGCCAAGCACAAUCGUAGGUAUUACACUUGCAGAUAUAGCUGGUCUAGCUAUCAUAGCUAUGUUCAUCCUAUACAUAUACCAGAUCAAGAAACGUAGAAGCUCCAAAGAAUACAGCACUUUCAGCGUCUUACAAAAAUGUCUGGAGAAAAACGAUACAUUACCAGUCAAGAAAUCGAAACACAACAACAUAGUCACAGCCUCAGAGGUCACGAAAUCACCAGCUACAAAAACUGGAUGUGGUUUGUGGAUAAUUCGUGGGUAUGAUGACACAACGUCUGCAUCAUCCGAGAGCGACGUAGAGAACCAGCUGCAAGACAAGAAACCGAUUGAGGUAUUUAAUCGAACAAGUGGUGGGCGAGAAAAAGGCAACACUGAAACAAAACUAGUGACGGUCGAUGGAGAGACUCAGCUAGAGCUAGAUACACUGCUAAAGGCAUCAGCUUACGUACUUGGUACAAGCAGAAACGGCGGAAUCGUGUACAAAGCCGUGUUAGAGAACGGCUCAGCUUUUGCGGUGCGGCGGAUCGGAGCGGAGUGUUGUACGGUGACGAAGUUUAAAGAAUUCGAAAAGGAGGUUCUCUGUAUCGCUAAACUUCGUCACCCAAAUCUCGUUAGGGUUCGUGGCUUCGUCUGGGGUAACGAAGAGAAGCUUCUCAUCUCCGACUAUGUCCCAAAUGGGACUCUACCUCUCUCCUCCAUCUCCGCUAAAUCAGGCUCGUCUUCACAGAAUCCUCUCUCGUUUGAGGCAACGCUCAAGAUAGCAAAGGGCAUAGCUAGAGGAAUGGCGUACAUCCACGACAAGAAGCAUGUGCACGGCAACAUCAAGCCAAAUAAUAUUCUCUUGGACUCCGAGUUUGAGCCUGUAAUUACUGAUAUGGGACUUGAUCGUCUUAUGACACCGGCUCAUUCACUCACGGAUGGACCAAUGUCGAGCUCACAGCAUCAUCCACCAGAGUGGUCGGCUAGCCAGAAACCAAAUCCUAAAUGGGAUGUUUAUUCCUUUGGUGUGAUACUCUUGGAGCUUCUCACGGGCAAAGUUUUUUCGGUUGAUCGUGAUCUUGUUCGUGAUUAUGAGACCGAUGAGAAAACUUGGUUUUUGAGGUUGGUUGAUGGGACAAUUAGGGUUGAGGUGGCUCGCCGCGAAGAUGAGGCCGUCGCUUGCUUUAAGUUAGGCUAUGGUUGUGUCUCUUCCUUGCCUCAAAAGCGACCGUCUAUGAAGGAUGUGGUGCAAGAGCUAGAAAAAUUGUUUGUUUAAUUGUACUUUAUUCAAAUUUAGAAAGAUUGCGUAAAUUUGUUGCAAUGCAAAUGGAUUACUUUGCAUCUUUUGAAUUGUUGUUUAAUUUUUUUUUUUUAUAAUUUGUUUUUAAAGAAAGUAUCAUGUAUAAGUGAAAUCAU